AUAAAAAAUUAUAUAAAUUAAUAUUUUAAUGCCUUUUUUUUAAUAAUAACCUUUAAAAACUCAACCACAAAUAAUCCGCAAUCUUAAAAAAUCGCAAGCUUACAACCGACACUGCCUAUCGUUUAUCGAUUGUGCUUUUUGAACCAAAAGGUGAUACAGGUGGCCAAUGGCGAGAUGCUCGUCCUGGGAAGAUUAGCCAGGCCGGGUAAUACUCUUUCCCGGCAAAUACACAGCCUCUUGGACUUUGCCGGAGCUUGGCCUGCUUCGGAGCGAUGUGCCUUUGAAAAGGACAUGCAAGUCCUGCAGGAUUUCGUAACCGCAGAGGAGGAGCAGGCUCUGCUGCGGGAAAUAGAGCCCCAUCUCAGCCGGUUGCCGUACGAAACGAGUCACUGGGACGAGGCCAUUCAGGGUUACAGGGAGACAGAGCAACGGAACUGGAACGCCGACAAUCGGUUGGUCCUCGAAAGGAUCAGCCACUUGGCCUUUGAUGGACGGGCUAUGCCCUUUGUCCACAUCCUGGAUCUGGCCGAGAGCGGAGUGAUAAAGCCCCAUGUGGACAGCACAAGGUUUUGUGGCAACACCAUUGCAGGACUCAGUCUUCUGAGCGACAGUGUGAUGCGGCUGGUGAGGGUGGUGGAGGAUAGGGGGGAUCCCUACUGGGCAGACCUGUUCCUUCCCAGACGUUCCCUGUAUGUGAUGUCGUCCCUGGCACGAUAUCACUUUACCCAUGAGAUUCUGGCCCGAGAACUGUCAACUUUUCGAUUGACGCCGAUAGGAAGAAAGCGUCGAAUCUCAGUCAUUUGUCGUUGUGAGCCCGAAGAGUCAUAACCUAAAAAGAAAAGUGUCUGAAAUCU